AUGGAGCCCCGCGGCGCGGCCGCCGCCGCUGCAGAAAUCAAAGGCAGAAGAGAAAAUCAAAUUUCGUAUUUGAAAAUAUCAAAACUAGCAUUGGCUUUUGCAAUUAUCCACUCAAAACCACCAGGGAAGAGUUCCAAAGAAUACACAGAGUACCUUUCCAAAAUUGUAUCCGAACAAGAUUUUGGAUGGAAGCGGAAAGUGGAAGUGCUGGAAGCUGAAGUUCUUCGAUUACGACAGGAACUUCUUUUGAACAGGAUCUCUCCAAGAUUCUGCUUGGAAAAUAGAAAACAGGAUACCUCUGCUGAAACUCUUCUGGGUCAGGAACAUAUAAACCCUACAAGUUACUCAAGCCAGCUAGAAGACUCUGGAUGUGAUGUCUGUAAUGACUCUGCAUUUGAUUCUUUAGGCAUAGCUUCAGAUUUUCACCAAUCUGAGCAUAAUGUCAGCAAACAUUGGUUGGAAAGAGUUCCCCCACUGCAUCUUUUCCAUACUAGCAAGGAGCAAUCUCUGACUGCUCCAGUGCAUUUUUUGCAAUGCUUGCUUGAAAUAAGAAAACUGUCAGAAGGAGGAAGUCUUCAAGCAGACUUUUCACAGCUUGAGAAUGAUUCUUUUACCAUAUGCAAUUCAGUGUCUCAGUUGCUUGAUGGACUGACUGUUUUUUACAACAGUCCCAAGUUCCCAGCUCCAGGUUUCCUUUCUGAAGGAGUUUGUGUUCUGAUCAGUUUGAUAACUGAUACUAAAUUAUCUAAUCAUGUUUUGAAGAAGUGUUUCAAGAAGAUGGAAGAAUUUAAGAAAAAUCUAAUUAAAAUUAUUUUAAGAAAUAGGAGUGUCAAUAGGUUUCAGGCACUGCAUUCUGUAUCACAAACUCUGGGUUUGCUAGGAAGGAAUAACAUACUAAGAAAUUCUUUAAUAUCGCUUCUCCUAUCGGAAGUCCGUCAGUUUGCUGAGCAGUUGUUGCAAGCUCACCAGGUCCAGUCUGUGUAUGACAUCGCCCAGUAUGAGAAUAUUUUUCUUCUGUGCAUGAUUCUGGAACAACUUCUUCAAAAUGAGACAGAAGAAAGUAACAUUUCAAACUCAGACUAUGGAGAAGAAGAAAAAAUCAAAUUUCUGAAGAACCUUGAUCAAAUUAUUCUUCAUCUCUCAGAUGAAUUCCCGUUGUUUUCUUUAUAUUUGUGGAGAGUGAGUGUUCUUUUGGACUCAGGUCGAAUGCAAAUUGAUUAAAAGAAGCAGCCUACUUUUUAACCGUGCUUUUGUUGUGGGAUUGCAUUGGAAAAGACAGGGUAUUGCCCUUUUUGGAAAACAUUUACUUUAAACUACUAUUCUAUACAGCAGUUUCAGAGAUAAUGCCAUUUAUUUCCAAUUCUGAGUGUAGAAAAAAAUAUAAUAAUCUAGGUACUAUUUUGAAUAAAUGCUGUUUCUUGUAAUAUAAAACACUGUGUUGGUGUUUGUGCACAUAAUGAAAAUGGAACAAAAAAAGUUGUUUCAGGUGCUGUUUAAAAUAAACACUACGAACUUUAAAAUACAGUCAGUAUACAUAUGUAGAGCUUCCAAGUUAGGAUGCUUCUCCUUUAAGAGCUGUAUAGCUUCUCUAUGAUUUAGAAUCAUUGUCUGGUUGGCUGAAAUAGAAAUGCUUAAAAUAAACUUGGUAAGUUAUCAGUACGAAUUCUUACAGAACAGACUUUGUUACUGAUAAUCAAAUGAGUCGUUACUUGAGCAAAAUAAAAUCUCAUGCUCAGUUUCACAGCUUUCUUACAUUCAUUGUAAACUGCUUGGCUUUACUUGUGUUAGCACAAGUUGAGGUACAACAGGCCUAUUUCACCCUGAGCUGAGUAAUGAUUUCAGAGAUUAAUCUGAAGAAGUGAAAGUCCUGUAAUAGUUACUUUAAAUGUUUCUGUUCAAAAUUAAUGAAUAUUGAUAAAAUUCCCUUUGGUAUAUUUUCAUAUUAUCUCUAAUAUGUUUAUUUAAUGUUAAUUAAAUGAUAUUUAAUGUUUUUUUCCUGCGUGAUGGUAUUAUAUUCAUAGUAAUAAUUAAAGUAACGUAUUUAACGGAAAAUAUCUUUAAAGGUCUUUAAAGUGUGAGCUCAACAAUAUCUUAACCGAACCAUAGUCUUUCAUAAAUCUGAAGGAUAACUAUUAUGAUGAAUUGCUCUUUUUUCUAUUAGAUAAACAACAUUUUUUAAUGUCUUCUAGAAAUCUAUAUUCACUAUAAAUACAAAACAUUUUGAGCAUUAGUCCUUUUCCUUCCCCUUAAACUUGUCAGCUCAAUUUUUAUGUCAGGAAAACUCUCUGAAACACCACUAUCUUGUUAAUUUUAAUGCAUUUCUUUUUUAAUAAACCUUUGCUUUAUAUAUAUGUAAAUUACAUUGAUAUUUAGAAAGCAGGUUACUUUGAUGGUGAACUGGCUCCCAGUUAGACACUGUCUUAGUUAUGACACUGGUCCCUCUUAUGUUUCUUAAACUUCCUAUUUGACACGUCAUAUGGUAACAUUUGUUUAAUUCCUUUUUCUAGCUUUCUUCCAACAGAAAUGUUUGAUUUGCAAAAAAAGUGUUCCUGACUAGUCACGUGAGCAAAAUCAGAUAAGUUUAGCCCAACUAAAGAAAAUGCAUCAGUUUGUAAGUCUGAUAGCCCCUCAGGAACUACUGUGCCCUUUUUGUUGCUGCUUUACUUGUUUGUUUGUUUCAUUCUGGUGGAGAAUCAGUUCUUCCUUCUCCCUCCACAGCACUGAAAGCAUGAUUGCAAAAACAGACAGGAGAGGAAUAAACAAAAUGAACAAUUAUCUAAUUGAUAUAAUAAUUUUCAUUUUAAAUUUUUUUUAAAAGCUUCAUUCAAAUAUAGUAUGUAAGCAAAAGACACAAAAUGCAGAAGUAUACUGGCAUCUGUAUAAUGGCAAAUUGUAUAUUGUUUCAAGCCUGUUGUGUGAAAGAAAAGUUUCAACCGCAGAUUGCACACCCUAUAUGCUCAUCAAUUGGCAAAAAGUAUUUUUGUUGUUAGUAAAGCAGCUCAGGCAAAAAGUGACAUAUUUUCCUCUUUGCAAAUCAUAGCACUUCCUCACCAGUAAGUUAUCUAAGCCACUGGAAAAACAAUGGAUAUUUUAGGAAAUAUAUUCAUCCUCAGUGAAUUUUGAAGUAACUGCUCACUUGAGACAUGAUUUUUGAAUUUUUUUUUUUUUUUCACAGCAUACAGAAAGACAAGAUUUUGUAUCCAGGGAUGACACAGCUACAUGGCACUUAAGCUCUGACAGGGAUUUGGAACGGUUUCGCAGCUUUGAAAGGGUUGAGGCAGAUUGAGAGUUCCCUUUGCAAAUGCCAUUGCACCAAUCUAGGCACACACUCACCUCUCCACAAAAGUGCUGUUAACUGGUCAGCUGGGCUCUCUUGAUCUGCUUAGUGUAGAAUUAAAUAGGGCAGUGAACCACAUUAAUGAAAACCUCAGCUUUGGUGGGGGCAAUAACCCCUGCAAUCAGAAUACUUGCUCGAUUGUUGUCUCUUGUUUCCUGGAGAUUUUUCACUAAGAGGGGACUUGCCUCAAGAUGAAAAUGCACAAAGGUAGACCUGUACAUUUUGAUGUCUCCACGUGGCUGAGAUAUCCAAUCUGUGAAACACUUGCAAAGUAACCAAGUGUUUUGGUCUGGGUAGCUAGCUGCUACCCCAAAGGACUGCAGAUCUUCUCUAAGUAGUGUGUCACAUUUUGUGUCUUCAUGUAGAUGCUUCUGAUACCCUGAAGCAUCUUUAGUGGCAUUGUCACUUAAGUGUGGCUGCUUAGACAACUGAACAGUGGUGAUAAAAUGAGCUUAGGUGUGCAAUUUGCCACCAUAAACCCGCAUUUAGGUGUCUUAAUCUGAAAACUAAACCACACAUUUGUGAUACCUUAUAUGUUUUAGAGUAGGAAAUCCUAAGUUUAAAUCCCUGUUCUUAUGCAAUGACUACUAGAUGUAAUUUAAGUAAACACCACUGUCUUUCAUUUUGAAAUUUCCAGGAUGACUGAGACAGUCCCUGGAGCAUUUGCAACCAGGUUACAAGAAACCUGCCCACAGGUUUAAACUAUGCCUUCAAGUACUUACUAAGUAGGUAUGACCACGUCCAAGUUUUAUCUGUCUGGCCCCCAGAGAGGAAUACCAAAUCCAGAGAAAGUGCUCUUUACUGAGUGCAGACUAUUGGAUGUCUCAAAAGAACAAUCUCAAGGUCCGAUGUGCUAAUCAUAACAUCUCACUUAACUAGGAAACACUGAAAAUAACUUGCUCUGACCUGUCAUUGUUCUCUGGAGUGUUUUAUAUGAUUUACCCUUACAGUUUUAAAAUUAACAGUUCAAGGAUAUUUCUUUUGUCUUGCACAUUUCUUUUUUUGUAAAUACAUGUACUUUAAAUGUUGGCAAAAUACUAUUGUUCUGCAAAUGCAAAUUCUUCAGCCUUAUAAAAACAAAUGUAUAUAUAAGCACACACAGUUAAAUUAUAUAUUUAUAUGGUUGAAUUAGCAUUGCUUAUUUAUAGUAGCCUAACAGCAGUUUAUGAUUUUAUAAUUUGUUGUUCUGCCACAUUCAUAGCUUUCUGGGUGACUGACUUUCAUGCCUGUCUUUAUCUGUUUUAAAAAUAAUUUUGUGGUAGAGUAUCUCGUUUUAUAAAAACACAAAAAAUAUCAGACAAGGAAAAUAAAUUUUUAUUCUAGUGCUGCUCCACUGACUGUUCUAUUCCCUGAAGAGUUUUGCAUGCCUACUAAAAUGGCAGGAGUGGGUGGGAUUUUGAAGUGGACUGUCUCAGAAUGUUUUUGUAAACUUAGUUUGGAAUCUUUUCAUAAUCUGGUUGUAACAAUUUUAAAUUUCUGAUUUUACAAGGUAUUGCUUAUAUAUGUUGGUAACAGUGAAAAUGAAGUUGUACCUUAUUUUA